AUACAGUGGUGGUCUGACGUGAGAGCGCUGGGCUAUGGGAGGCAAUGGAAGAAGAGGCUAGUCACAUCACGAUUUCACUCAUUUUGACAUUAUUGCGAGGAAUUUAAAUGCAAGAAGACGAAAACGAGUUGUGAGUCCCAAACUUGACCGGACAAUGGAAGUAGCUCUCUGCAGCAGUUCCAACUCACCCCUGGGAGUCAACUACCGAGACACAGAGAGUACCUGCAGAAAAACACCAGUCAGCACGGCCGGGGUAACUACAACUACGUGUGGCUUGAAAGCAACACCUCUGUUUUUGGGAUGCAUAUAAGAGAAAGCGUAAAGAAAAAAAACACUGACUACGUAUGUAUAUAUUUCGUGUAACAACUGUGGAAUUCCGCUACUGUUCUAUGCGUAAGGGAUAUACAACCACGUAGUUAAACAUCUCCUGAGAUUGAGACUUUCAUUGAGACGCAGAGCACAUACAUUCUCACAUUUAUCACUGAAGGAGGCAAUGUUCAAAUUCACAAAUUCCCCUUGUAACAAAACCCUAAUUGCCGCUUAGGAUCGCAAAGAAUAAACGUCGGAAAUAUCUGUGGUAUCGUAGCCUAACGUGCUGUACCCUGAAAGCUACAAUAACCCGGGCUGAGUGAAAUCCCGCAAACCGGUUCUGCUGCUGUCCGUGGUCCUGAAAAAAAAUACUCAUUAUUUAGGUUAUCCGAAUCAGUAACYGCGGUCUAAGGAAGACGGUUUCAUGGCCUGUGCGGUUAUGAACAUCUUGUGGUUUUCUUGUGACUCUGGAAUCUGAAGAAGAAGAAAAACAACAGAAGAAUUGCUUACCUUGGACGUCCGAAAUCAUUCAAGGAAUUGGAAUUCUACUCCUAUUGGUGCUCCUGAGCUGUAGGUAGCCCGAAUGAGACCGGCAAAAAUGUAUCGAAUAAACGCUCUCGGGAUCUAUUUGUGGGAAACAAUAGUAUUUUUCAGCUUGGCAGCCUCUAAAGAAGCCGCGGCUCGAAAAGCUGCCUCCCCAAUGCCUCCCUCGGAGUUCUUGGACAAACUCAUGGGCAAAGUUUCGGGUUACGAUGCAAGAAUCAGACCUAAUUUUAAAGUUGCAGGGGUCCCCCCGAGUGGAAGAGACCCACAAGGCCCCAAAACAGAAGCUUCUCACAAGAAAGGUCCACCUGUAAACGUAACGUGCAACAUUUUUAUUAACAGUUUUGGGUCCAUCGCUGAAACAACAAUGGACUACAGAGUGAAUAUCUUCCUGAGGCAGCAAUGGAACGACCCCAGGCUGGCCUAUAGUGAAUAYCCCGAUGACUCUCUCGAUCUGGACCCAUCUAUGUUGGACUCUAUCUGGAAACCUGAUUUGUUCUUCGCCAACGAAAAAGGCGCCAAUUUCCAUGAGGUUACGACUGACAACAAACUACUAAGGAUUUCAAAAAAUGGGAACGUAUUGUAUAGUAUUCGGUAUGCUAUUCUUUUCUUGUUGUAUCUUCCUCUUUUCUUGUUAGUUUCUCAGAAUGUCUAUCCGGUGCUAGACCUAUACUGCAUGAUACAGGUCUGUACGUCCAUUGGGAAGUUCUUCAAGUCCAUGGGACAGGCCAGGACCAGUGUUAUUCUGAAUAAUGAUCUUGUUUCAAACUGUUCCCAUCCAGUCGGCUAUACGAUGAAUGAUCUCAUAUUUGAGUGGGAUGAGAAGGGAGCUGUGCAGGUCGCAGACGGGCUGACGUUACCUCAGUUUAUACUGAAAGAGGAGAAAGACCUGCGAUACUGUACCAAGCACUACAACACAGGAAAGUUCACUUGUAUCGAGGCUCGUUUCCAUCUGGAGAGGCAGAUGGGCUAUUACCUGAUUCAGAUGUACAUCCCCAGCCUUCAGCCUUCUGAUUGUCAUUUGUCCUGGGUGUCCUUCUGGAACAUGGACGCUGCACCUGCCAGAGUGGGACUGGGCAUUACCACCGUGCUCACUAUGACCACCCAGUCCUCCGCCCGAGCCUCCCUCCCCAAGGUGUCGUAUGUGAAAGCCAUUGACAUCUGGAUGGCCGUGUGCCUCCUGUUUGUCUUCUCGGCCCUGCUCGAGUACGCUGCUGUGAACUUCAUCGCCCGGCAACACAAGGAACUGCUGCGCUUCAGGAGAAGGAGGCGACACAUGAAGGAGGAUGAGGGCGGUGAGGGGCGGUUCAGCUUCACCGCCUAUGGCAUGGGCCCUGCCUGCCUGCAGGCCAAAGACGGCAUGGCCAUCAAAGGGAACAACAACAACGCCCCGACCGCCACUGCCGGCCCUCAGGAGAAAACGGUGGAAGAGAUGCGCAAGCUCUUCAUCGGCCGUGCGAAGAGGAUCGACACGGUCUCUCGUGUGGCUUUCCCGCUAGUCUUCCUCAUUUUUAAUAUUUUCUACUGGCUCGUAUACAAGAUCAUCCGAAGCACGGAUGUACACCAGAUGACGUAAGCAAGGGAAGAGAGAGAGUUCAAUACCACGCCAUCCUGCUCCCAACCCCAAAACUCCUCGCUCUUCACUUGCUCACUUGCUUUUGGUGGCUAUCGCCUUGGCAAAGGUCAUUUAUCAAUAUUUGUUAUUUUCUUUUCUUUCCCUCCCUCUUUUCUCCCUAAUAAUCCGGACCAGUGCAAUAGCAAUGCAGUAAAAUGCAUGAUAUAUGAAUGUGGCAAUAUAUUUACAAAACGAUAAAGAAGUAAAUAUUACGACUUUUACCGAUACAUCCGAGACCUUUGGAAUUUAUGAUAACUGAGAAUUUAAAAAGAAAGAGCGAGAGAUUCUCUUCUAAGAAGUGUUCGUUUUUUUUCGCAACUCGAAGAAGACAAAUACUGCAUUAUAAAGAAGAAGAAAGUUGGUGAAACAUAGAGCACUGUAAUAUAAUAUAUAUCUAUCAUACAUUUAAAAACAAAACUGUUAUUUCUUGGAAAGGCAGGCGUCUGGAUGGAACACGAGGGAUGGAUUUUAAAAGGAUUCUAAGAUGAUUUAGUGAUCCCAUGACUAAAGUGAUGCAAGGAUCAUAUGUCCUAUAUAUCUCAAUUAGCUUCAAUGUGUUGCAAGCACUUGUCAACGCUCCCUGAGCCCUCAACAGAAACUGAGAUGUGGCUGAUGCUGCUAUCAACUAUAUGAAGGAAACUUGAUGAGUGGGGGGGGGGAGUCAAAAUAAUAUUCUAUUGUUUGUAACCGCUGUGGCCAACGUGUUCCUCUAUCUGUCCUUAACUUUAUUUCUUAAUUGCAUAUCGGUUUUUAGUUAACGUGCCCAGUAUACAUCAUGUUGCUGUAAUCAGCUUAAGCUCUUCUUGGGAACUCUAAAGUCUAAUUCUAAAGAGACAUUUGCCAUCAUUCACAUAUCGUCAUUGUUGCAUUUCUUUAUUUCUUUAUUCAUGUGCUAUUUUAAGGAUUUGGUACUUCAAUCAAAAUAUGAUUAAUUAAGAGUAAAUCUACAGUGGAAAAGCAUUACAAAAAUCCUGAUUCUUCCUAAUCAUUUCAUUGAAGCUAUACUGUUAACAUUUGUUAAGUUCUUUUCAUAGCUCAUUGCUUAUUGCCCAGGUACAGUAAGAUACCCGGCAGGCGACGGAGGAAAAAUGUAGUGUUAAGAUUUAACAAGAAAACAAUUAUUACCAUUGAUACAUUUACACAAUUUAAUAAUGUAGCUAAAUAAAACGUGUUAUUAUAAUCAUUUACAAAAUAUGCCUAAAGGUAUUCACUCAAAAUCAUGGAAAAAAGUUUGCUACUUUAACAGCAAUGAUUAACACAAUGUUCUCAGUGGUGUACCAUACAGUACAUUUUAUAGUUCACACUACUACAGGAUUCUGUGUAACUGAUUCAUUUAUUCAACUAGUCAGAGGCUUGAUUUAAGAUACUGAAAUCCAUUACUUCUCACCAAGCUUUUCUAUGCAAUAAUUAAAAUAUGCAAUUCUUUUUUUAUUAGCUUUACCAUUUACAAAACAUUAUCAUGAAUCGGUUUGAACUUGUGUGACAUCAAGGCUUUUAAUCUCAGACAUCACAAAUCACAGUGCUCAUAUUUCCAAUGGUGGACAUACAUACAUACAUACAUACAUACAUACAUACAUACAUACAUACAUACAUA